GGACUCUAUGACCUGUGCUGCUGGGUCACGCUGGAGCCCUGCCCCAGCCCAGCAGCCGGGACCUUUAUGAGGUGGGGGCUCCCCGGUCCUCCCUGGCCACGGCUGCAGCUGAGAGAAGGGUUAGCCAUGUCAUCUGAGCCUCCGCCACCACCACAGCCCCCAACCCACCAGACUUCGGUGGGGCUGCUGGACACCCAGCGGGCCCGUGAUCGGUCACCGUCCCCUCUUCGGGGCAACGUGGUCCCCAGCCCACUGCCCACCCGCCGGACAAGGACCUUCUCAGCGACGGUGCGGGCUUCUCAAGGUCCUGUAUACAAAGGAGUCUGCAAAUGUUUCUGUCGAUCCAAGGGCCACGGCUUCAUCACCCCGGCCGAUGGCGGCCCCGACAUCUUCUUGCACAUUUCUGAUGUGGAAGGGGAGUACGUCCCUGUGGAAGGCGACGAGGUCACCUAUAAGAUGUGCUCCAUUCCCCCCAAGAACGAGAAGCUGCAGGCCGUGGAGGUGGUCAUCACCCAUCUGGCUCCAGGCACCAAGCACGAGACCUGGUCCGGCCACGUCGUCAGCUCCUAGGAGAGGCCGGAAGCACCUCUUUCUCCUGGGCUUGCGGGAGACUCUGGGGGGAGGAGGAGGCAGGACCAAACUGGAGAUGCUGGUCUGCUGCUUAAGGUGGGGCUUCAAAGGGAGGAGCCCGUCGGUCCCUUUCAAGUAUCUCCUGGAGGAGGGGGCGUGGGGGGCAGGCAUGGGGGUGCUCUCGGCCACCAGCACAGCCUCUGACCAUUGCAACCGUCUCUCACCAUCUGAAAAGCAUUAAAAGCAUGGAAAAAGGGGU